AUGGUUGUAAUCUCUGAAACUUCCGACGACGGCUCCAAUGGCGGCGAUCUAACCAAGAUUCAGAAAGCAGAAGAAGAAGAAGAAGAAGAAGAAGAAGAGAAUCCGAAAGAAGACGAUAAAGAAGUAGAUCAUAAUCUUGCUCCGACUCGUCGACACAUCCCAGUGAUACUUAUUGAAAGUACCGUCGCGCUCGUCCGGAGAUGCCAUUACCCGAGGCUAUCUCUACUCUCCAGAGCCUUCCGUGACGUAAUCUCUUCGGAUCAACUCUUCGUAACGCGCUCGCUCCUCGGUUUGACUGAACCGGUUCUUUAUACCUUGAUCUCGUUCCCAUCUUUUGCACCCCCAAGCUGGUACGUUCUCCAUCGAAGCAACAUGUCUUUACAAUUGAGCAGAAUCAGUUCACUUCCUCCGAUGUAUCCUGGAUGCACUGCCGUCACAAUCGGACACAAGAUUUACGUUAUGGGUGGACGCAACGGCUUAAACCAACGCGUAAAGGAUGUGAUUGUCAUCGACUGUAGAUUCCAUACGUGUAAACGUAUCCAGAAUAUGAAAAGGGAACGUUGCUACGCUGCCUCCGGAGUCAUUGACGGAAAUAUUUACGUGGUGGGAGGUCGCAAGAAACGAUAUGAUGAUUGGGUUGAAGUGUUCGACGUAGAGAAAGGGAUUUGGGAAACUGUGCCUGGUCUAUGCUGUUUCCUUGCUAGUUCGAGAGGAGUGUUUCGUAUACAUGCGGUUUUGGAUAACAAGAUUUACAUGUUGGAUGGUAAUCAUUGUUUGGCUUACGAUCCGAGACUACGUAGGUGGCAGAAUUGGGGACCUGCGAGUCAACAGAGGCUUUUUUGGCACGCUUCCUCUUGCGUGGUUGCUGAUUUGUUGUAUGCUAUUAUUAAUGUUCCUGAUGUGUCGGCUGUUGGAUCUUCGAUUGUCGUGUAUGAUCCAAAGGAUAUGGUUUGGAGACCUGUCAAGGGUUUAGAUGAUUUGCCUCGUCUAGUUUAUUAUGAGUCUAGAAUGGUGAGUUUUGGUGGCAAGUUAGUGAUUCUGGGAUAUUAUAAUGGGAGCCGGGAUGUUGCUUGGUGCGUGGAGGUGGCGUUGGAGAAACGUGAAGAUGGUGAUAUUUGGGGGAAGUUCGAAUCAAUCUCGCGUGUGUGUUCAUUCAGCGAGUCUUGUUUGUUUGAGUUUGCUCGAACUGUUACAGUUUGA